AUGAAUGUCAUUCUUAUCCAUUUCAGAGCAGAUCUCACCUUUCCGUACAUCGAUGCCGACAGCGUUUCAUCUUUAGUUGGACACGACGAUCUCAGACGGCUACGAUCUGUAAGGAGACCGGGCGAGAGCCAAGAAGUAGUGGAAUCUCAAAUAGAGACGCUGCUCAAUGAGGUGGUGACAUCGCAACCAGACAUCAAAGAAGAGGCCACACUAGAAGCAGAUAUCACAGUAGAAGAUGAAGCAAAGGUGGAGGAGCAGGUCACGAACAAGGAAGACAACCAUGUCGGCGAAGAUCUCAGCAACCACAAAUCCCAAGCUUCGGUAGAACACAACCAUGUCGGCGAAGAUCUCAGCAACCACAAAUCCCAAGCUUCGGUAGAACAAGAAGAGCCUCAGGAAAAACCUCAGGAAGAACAGCAACAUGAUCAUCGUCAGGAGCUACAAUUGCACGAGCCAGUAAGUGACAGAGACAAACAGUUCUGA